AUGUCAAUAGUUUACACUCCCAAUGCACCCAACAAGAUUGACUACGAUAUGGCUAUGGCCCUCGCGCGCGACUAUCGUAACACAACUUUUGAGAUAAUAAGAAAUGGUGAAGAACUUAUUCCUUUGCAUUCUUUGCAAGUCGAUAAAGUCAACGAAUUCGAGGAUUCGCACAACAUCUAUAUGGAAGCCGAGCGAAAGGUGAACGAGUACCUUGCACAACAAGCCAGCGGACCUGUUUCGAAUACGACUACUGGCACUCCCCUCGAUACGCCGGAACUCCGAACCCUGAUCACCUCGAUAGUGCGUGAGCAGAUUGCAGAGAUCUUACAGCAAGCGUCAGCUUCCAUUUUGAUCGGCAAUCGUGCGAACAUGCCUGCGGAUGAGCACAAUCAGACUUCGCCUCUGCAGCAGAGCAGUGCGCAACCUGGCCAGACCUCGACAAAUGUUCCAUCCAAUAGCCAAUUCAUCAAGCCGGAACCUUGA